AUGGCGGAUUUUAGCGACGACGUCUUGGGUCUCAUUUUCUCCCACCUCCGUCUGCCAGACCUCGCUCGCUGCGCGUGCGUUUCCCGCACUUUCCUCCGCGUUUUCCGCGACGACCAGCGCCUCUGGCACCCGGCGUGCGACCGUCGGUGGGGCCACGUCACCUCGUUGCACACGUGGCUGUCCCCUCCCCACCAAUCCGCCCAUCUGCCAUUCAAUCAGCAGCCGCACGAUCAGCAGCCUGGGAAAUUGACGACCUUUAAAAGCCUGUACCACGUGCUGGACACGUGGGAGUCGCUGAUUGGUUUCUGGCGCGGAGUCGGCGACGGCGGAUUGGGCUCGCUCGUCGCGUUCCAAUGGCGAAACGGUUAUAUCGAGGGCGUGCGCGUGCUUCCCGCGGCUCCGGUUGGCCCGCCAGCCCAUCACAGAGCAGUCGACGGUCGGCGUCGUCGUCAGUACGACGACGCGCAUGGCGAUCCGCUAGGCGACGAGAGAAGCAUUUCGCCGUACGCUGUCGUCAGGGUUCCUUUCCUUCGCGUCGCCCCCGCUCCUAGAUGCCGCUUUAUACCCGAUAUAGAGUAUUAUACACAUGGACAAGGGGAAGCCGGUUAUAGUCACAGCGAUGGAGGUCGACGCGGAUCGUCAUGGCCGCAAAUGGACGCGUCAGAUGUGUCUUGCUGGAUCGACACUGAUUGGCCGACUCACGCUGACAAGAUCAUGCUGUCAGCUGGGCCGACCAAUGGCAGAGGGACACGUGGCAGCCAUCACCGGAGGCGCAGUAGCGGCAGGGAAGGCGGAGCGUGGGUGCCCGCAGAGGUGAAAUUCGUGUCGGGAAAUCACCUGGUCGUUUCCGCUGGCGGGAAUCAGCACAUGCUGGGUUGGAGCAAUGGCGCCAUGGGAAACGGAAACGGAAACGGAUUGCCACGUGGAUUAGGAGGUUUGUACGAAAGUGCUGGUUACAAGGGUCGGGGUGGCAAUAGAGGGAGCAGCGGGAGCGGCGCGGGUGGCUCUAGGCUCAUUGACGAAGGGCGGCUUUCUUCGUCGCUACCUCAGUCAUCAUCAUUAUCGUCAUCAUGGUCAACUCUGUCCGCGCACUCCCCCUCGUCCCGCGCCCGUCGCGCUUCCGCCUACCCGCGCCCUUCAAACGCCCAGCCGUUCCCCUUCUCCCCGCAGCCCUGUCCGCUCUUCACCUCCCCGUUGUCCUCCGCCCUGUCCUCCGCCUCCCCGCACACCCCUUCCCCCGCCCCCGCCCCCUCGCCCUCCCCCUCCCCUUCCGCCUCCCCUUCCUUGCGCCAGCAAGAGAGCCCUCCCCCAAAGCGCAACCUCCAGUUCGGGCCCCCCUCCCCCUCGUCCCCCUCCCCUCCGCCCCCUUCCCCUUUUUCACCCUCACCGGCUGCAGCAGCGGUGCAGUGUGAUUCCCGAGUUGACGCCCCUUUCAUGACUCUCUGCGAGCCAGAACAAGGGGAGCAGGGAAGCGCGCAGGGUUUGGGGGAAGGGGAUCAAGGGAGAGUGCAGGGAGCAGAGGAAAGGGAGCAGAGAGCAGAGCAGGACGGGGAGCAGGGAAGCCUCGUGCAGGGAAGGGUGAAGCAGGGCACGCAAGGGGCGCAAGGGGCGCAAGGGGUGCAGAGAAGGGUUCAGUUCCAGGUGGACGGUGUUCAACCUCGGACAUUAGACAAGACAUUAGACAACGAUAGCAGAAGCAGCAGCAGCAGCACAAGUGCGGUUUUCCAGGUGGAUGAUGUGGCUCCCUCCGGUCCAUAUCUCGUUGGAGAGAGUGAGACGAGCAGCAGAGCUGGUAUGUCAGACAGGGGAAAAGGUAGGAGCCGCAGAGUUGGUACUCCUGAUAGCGAGAAAGUGAGAAACGGCAGAGCUGGUAUUGCUGAUGCAGCUGAUUCCGACCGCCUCUCUUCCUCCCUCCCCAACCCGUCUCCCGCCUGGUCCCCCUCCCCCUCCGCCUCCCUUCCCCGCCCAUCCUCUCCCCACGCCUCCCUGCACGCGCCCUUCGAGCUCUACCAAUCGCUGGCGUCCAGGUCAGCAGCCGCGGGCGCCAGCAAGGCGAUGAGGCGGCAGCAGCGGAAGGAGCGGCAGCGGGCGGCAGAGAUAGCCGAGGCAGGAGGGGUGCGCAGCCAGCUCUCCGCUGGGAGUGCUGCUGUGGAGGUGGUUGGGGAGAGAGGGGCGUGGGGAGCGGAAGUAGGUGGGGGAAGGGGGUGGGGGAGGGGAGCGGAGGGGAGGGGAGGGGCGGGCGGAGGGGUUGGUGGUGGAAGGGGUGGAGGGGGGAAGGGGGAGGAGGAGCAUCUGGUGAGAGUGAUGCCUAACCAGCUGGAGCCUUCACCGCUGUGCCCUUUGCAGGGACUCUGGAAGGUGGGUGGGUGGGCAUCUGGUGAGGGUGAUGGGAAUCCUGCUGGAACCUUCACCGCUGUGCCCUCUGCAGGGUCUCUGGAAGGUGGGUGGGUGGGCUUCUCAGGCGCCUCUAAAGGCAUCUGGGGGGAGGAGGAGCAUUUGGUGAGGGUUGUGGCGAGGCAGUUGGAGCCAUCACCGUUGUGCUCCCUGCACCUGCAGGGGCUGUGGAAGGUGUGCCUUUCCCCCCUCUUUCCCUGCCUCACCUUCCCCCUCUCGCCCCUCUCCGUCCUGCUCCCAUGCCACAGGGCGUGUGCCAGCACAGCAGCCUCGAUUUCAUCCUGCUCACAUGCACUGAAUCUGGACAGCUGCAGUGCCGCCGGGUGGCACAGUACAAGCAGCCCCCCCCGCACGCCCGCGCGGUUACCACCACCGCCACCCGCAGCAGCGAGCGGCGCUUGCGGCGCCGCCAGGCCAGGGCACGAGCUGAGGGGAGAGCCGAAAGGAGUGCCGGGGGAAGCACAGGGGGGAGAGCCGAAGGGAGAGGGGGAGGAAGUGGAGAGAGGGCAGCAGGAGAGGGAGCGGCGCGAGUAG